CACCAGGCCACAGGGCUGCAGUUUUGACAGCCGGGAAGGUUCGUCCAUUAGGAGCCCUUGUUGAUUUCUUCCGUCCUAACCCACUGCGCCGCCACAAGCCACACUCUUUGCUUCCGGCAACUCCCGGUCCCAGCUCCCGCGCGAGAAAUUUCUUCUCCUUCGAAUCUCGCGCGGUUCCUGCCUAAAGAAUCAACCAAUCUUAGUUACUUCUGCUCGCUCGACCUGAGGGAGGCCGUAGGCGUCGAUGGAGCACGGGUCGGUGACGGACUCGAGCGCGUCGACCUUCUCCAUCGUGGACGAGGACCACACCCUCGCCAACUCCGUCAGAUUCGUCCUCAACCAGGACCCAAGGGUAGCAUUUUGUGGAUAUAGCAUCCCUCAUCCUGCUGACAACAAAGUCAACAUAAGAGUUCAGACGACAGGAGAUCCAGCAAAGGAUGUAUUGAAAGAUGCUUUACAGGAUCUGAUGGUUAUGUGCCAGCAUGUCAGAGGGACUUUUGACAACGCAGUGGCUUGUCAUAGAGCAAACAAACCUGCAGAACAAAUGGACGUUGAUCAGAAAUAGAAUCGAACGAUUUUGUGUAACCAGUUUAUCACCGGAGGGCAGAUUUCUUUAUUUUUAUGGCUUUUAAAACGAUUUUGCUAAAAUCCGGGAUUCACACUGUUAUCGCAAUCACCUUAGCUUACGAAAGUUGCUGCUAUGGGGAAAGUUGGGGCUCAUCAUCAUUGUUUGAAGUGUCUGAUAUAGUUGUAAUCGUUGUAUGCACUGGCUUCCUUUAGUCUAGUACUGAACUCUUGCAGUUUUU